AUGGCUGAGGUUGGAAAUGUAGCUUGCACUAAAAGAAGAUGGAACAUACCAAUCUUUGUUUUCUUUGAAGACAUUAGAAAUGUCUUCAAAUUCGAUGAUCUUGGAAUGGAAAUCCUACGUAUCGCGUUCCCUGCAGCUCUUGCAUUAGCUGCUGAUCCUAUUGCUUCUCUCAUUGAUACAGCAUUCAUCGGUCAUUUAGGGGCAAAUGAAAUUGCAGCAGUAGGAGUUUCAAUUGCCAUAUUCAAUCAAGCCUCUAAAGUCACAAUUUUCCCUUUAGUGAACAUAACUACUUCAUUUGUUGCUGAAGAAGAGACUGUUAGAAGAAUUAGUGAAAAAGAAGCAAUAGGUGAUUUAGAGAAGGGUAAGGAGGAGAAGAAUGAUACAAAAGUAGAGCUAACGACAAAAUGUGAGUCCUUGGAUAAUAAAAGUAAAGGAAAACUCAAACGUGUGAAGCGACAUAUUCCAUCAGCUUCAACUGCAAUUCUCAUGGGAUGCAUUCUUGGCCUUCUCCAGACGAUUUUCCUCAUAUUUCUCGCGAAACCAAUUUUAAGCUUAAUGGGUGUGAAAUCUGAUUCUCCUAUGCUUUCUCCAGCAAAGAAGUAUUUGACCUUGAGGGCAAUUGGUGCCCCUGCAGUCCUUCUUUCUUUGGCUAUGCAAGGUGUUUUUCGCGGUUUCAAGGAUACAAGAACUCCGUUAUACGCAAUUGUUGUUGGAGAUUUAACAAACAUAAUUUUGGACCCAAUCUUUAUUUUUGUUCUCAAUUGGGGUGUUAGUGGUGCUGCCAUUGCUCAUGUUCUUUCUCAGUACUUGAUAUCGAUUAUUCUCCUAUGUAAAUUGAUGACAGAAGUUAAUCUAUUACCUCCUAGCGCAAAAGAUCUGCAGUUCAGCAAAUUUCUCAAGAAUGGAUUUUGGUUACUAGCAAGGGUGAUAGCUGUUACAUUUUGUGUGACAUUGGCUGCAUCAUUGGCUGCACGAUUAGGCACAACGCAGAUGGCUGCAUUUCAAGUUUGCUUACAAAUCUGGCUAACAUCAUCUCUGCUUGCUGAUGGAUUAGCUGUAGCAGGACAGGCAAUACUUGCUUCUUCUUUUGCUGAGAAAGACUUCCAAAAGGCAAAGGCUGCAGGAGUUCGAGUCCUACAGAUGGGAUUAGUGUUGGGAUUCGGACUUGCUAUAGUUGUUGCAAUUGGGUUAUACUUCGGAUCAGGAGUCUUUUCAAAGGACAAAAAUGUUAUCCGUUUCAUAAUCAUUGCCAUCCCGUUUGUUGCUGGUACACAACCAAUCAAUUCAGUGGCAUUUGUGUUAGAUGGUGUCAACUUUGGAGCAAAUGAUUUUGCAUACUCUGCAUAUUCCAUGGUUUUAGUUGGUGCAUUAACCAUAACCUCUGAGUUUUUCCUUUACAAAACCAAUGGUUACACUGGAAUAUGGAUUGCUUUAACCAUAUUCAUGGUCCUGCGUACAUUUGCCGGUUUAUGGAGGAUGGGGACAGGAACAGGACCAUGGCGUUUUCUGCGGAUUCCAUCAAUGUCGGUAGAAGCCAAGUCAUAGAGUUGCUAGAGC